AUGAUCCAACUUCUGUUAGCUGUUGUGCUAAUAACUGUCUGUAAAGCACAAUAUGGUGAAGUAGCACCACCAUCUUUGGCACAACCAAUAAAUUAUGCAUCGAAUAUUCCCGAAGAAAUCCCUUAUACAAGUGAACCUUCGUAUUCCGGAAAUGAGUAUGAAAAUGUUACAAAAGAAAUUGUUCAAUCAGAAAGUAAUCCACCAUCCACACAAUUACUUCAUCCGGCCGAAAAUAUAACUUGUGGAUCACCGAUAGAUGAUUAUGCAUCAUCUAGUUCAAUUCCAACAAUAACACAAUCAACUGUCAACCAAAUCAACCAAACAAGUAGACAACCGCUUAUUUCGUCAUCAACAAAAUCAUCUCCAAGAAUAUCCAAAGUUUCAUCAUUUAGACCACGUACGACAACUUCAUCAUUAAAACCUCAAUCACUUUCAACUAGAUCAUCAACAAGACCUACUCGACAUACAACACGCAUUACCACAAAACAUUCUCGGAUUACUUCAACUUCAAAAAAACCUACCCAAACAAUCAGCAGAAUAACUCAAAGUCGAACGAGUGAAACAUCACGAUCAACUCGUUUAUCGUCUACAAUACCAACACAGCCGGGUAGUACAAGAAAACCGGAAAGUCGACCGAUCACAUUGCCAAGUAGACGAUCAGAUUGCUCAGCAUCUGAUACACUUUUCGUGGUAGAUUCAACCAGCUCAGUAAAGCGAUUCUUUGAGGAUCAUCGUGAAUACAUUAUUGAAACUAUUAAUUUAAUUCUUCCCGAAAUUGACAAUGAAACAAGGAUUGGAAAAUUACCAUUCUUUGCCGGUAUAACUGCUACGGGAGCAGCAUUAAAAUUAGCAUUGGAGUUGUUGCAAGAUCGUCGUUCCAAUGUGCUUACUAAUGUUGUCGUCGUUACCGAUGGUUUCAGUUAUGAUUUGGUUGAUGAGCCAUCAUCAAUGCUUCAUCGAUUACCCAAUGUUCGAACAUUUACUGCAACAGUUACCGAUUCAUGGAGGGAGUAUGAAUUGGAAACAAUUGCUGGUGAGCGUAAAAGAGUAUUCAAGGGGAAAAAUUCGGCGCGUGAUUUAGCUAAAGCGUUAACAUCUUGUGAUAAUGGAUCACGUUUACGUGGUUUACGACAAAGUAAUUAA